AUGUUCCGUAAGUUUCCACAACCUGCUAUUGCUACUACCACAACCACUAAGGCCACUGGUACCACCACCACCACAACUACUACUUUAGGUGGUGUGUUCUCCCAUAUCAUCAGCUUGCUUUAUACCAAAUGGUCGUCCUCUAAAAGCUUGUUCCCACGUACUUCGCGCAUUGCGAACAUUUCUAACUCGCUUCGUGGUCCACGGUUGUGUGCGGCCGACGAUUUGGAAUUCUCCUACGAAUCCGAACAAAUCGACUUAUUCUACAACCGAUACGCCCAACAACCCGCAUCCCAAACCAACGAAUGCGCAUAUAACAAUAGCAUUACUAAUAAUAAUGUUAAUAAUUCAUUCGACAAUUACCCCCAACCAGCAGAGUACUCCGAUCAAACAAACAGAAACCCUAAUGUGGUCAACAUAAAUGCCAUUACUUCUGCUCAUUCCAAUGUGGGGCCAUCCAAUGUUAAUAGUGCGAAUGGUGGCAUGACAAUGGGGUACGAUUUUGGCUACGACUCCGCUCUUGAUUUUUCAUACCAUUCGCAGCCAUAUCCUCUGGCUACUCAAGUACACCCCUCUAAAAUUGAGAGCCAUUUUCAAUGGAACAUGAGUAAUGCUGGGUUGGAGUACCAUUUCAACGACUUUCAAAAGGCAAACUACAAUAACAUGAAUAUCACCAACAUCAACAAUAAUAAUAGUAAUAAUCCCAAUUAUGCAGCACUGUUGUCGACCAAUACUUCAUCUUUACAGUCGUCUGAUAUUUCUCCUCUUGACGAUGAAUUCUUCAAGAAAAUUAACAAUAGCAAGAAAGAUACUGCUACAGCUAACAUCAUGAUGGAACUGGUGGAUCAGUUGUUCCAUAAUUAUUUAGCGAAGAAUGAUUCUGAUUACCAAUUUAUUCCCACAGCUUCGUUUGGUAGUUCUCAAAGCAAUAACACUAACUUGGAACAACGCGAUAGCGUUGUUAGUGAAUCGAGUGUAGGUUCUAUAGAACAUUUUGAGGGUACUCCUCAAUUCCCUCUUGAUUCUACAGUUGAACCUCCGUUCACAUUGGCUCACGGAAGCAAUUCACUUGAUUCCCGUCCCGUGAAACGGGAAAGAGAAGAUGAUGACGAAGACUCGAAACAUCUUAUGAAAUACCAAACUACUUCGGCUCCCAAGAGACGUAAAUCACGGAAACAAAAACCAGACUCCUACGAUUGUCCACAUUGUGAUGCCAAAUUCAAAGUCAAAGGAUAUUUGACAAGACAUAUCAAAAAACAUAAUUCUGCAAAGGCAUUCACUUGUCCUUUCUAUCAAGACGAUGCGGUGGAAGGAGAGUAUUCGCCUGAGACUAAACCCAACAAUAGCAACAUGGCUAGUUUUGCUCCACGGAACCCAUCAUUACCCGGUGGAAUAGUUGGUACCAAAUGCCAUCCCACAGGAGGAUUUACCCGUAGAGAUACUUUUAAGACUCAUCUUAAGGCUCUUCAUUUCAUUUACCCACCCGGUACGAAACUGAGCGAGCGUAAUAUGAUUGAGGGUCGUUGUGCGGGUUGCUUUCAACACUUUAAAAAUAACGCCGAAUGGUUGGAAACUCAUAUUGAACGAGGCGAGUGUCAAGGGAGUGUCCGUAGCUUCAAUGGUUCCAAUGAAGUUAUAAAGAAUGAGCAUUCUCAUGAUCAACUUCAUUAUGUUCAAUUAUAG